AUGGACAAUGUUUUAGAAGGAGAUGAAACUAAAUUGGCUAUUGCAUGGAGUAUUGUAAAGAAUAAACCAAAAGAAGAAAGAAUAGACGCCUAUGUCAAAAGAUUGAGGAAGCAAUUGCAAGAUGAGAAGAAUCAUGAAUUGAAAGCGAGGUUAUUUGCUGAGAAACUACUAAAUCAAGAGAAAACCAAGUUACAAUUAAAAACUUCUUUUGUUUUUGAGACAUUGAAUCUUCCUAGCAAAGUACUGAAGAAGGAAAUAAACGAUAUCGACUUGUACCUGCUUUCAAAUAUUUAUGAGUGUCUUCAAGAAAAACGGGCAAGCUCAGACGGUGUUUCUUUGAAAACAUUUAAUUACGUUUUUGAUGGAAUAUUUCGGUUUCUAAAGUGCUCAGCAGAUCCGCGGAUUUCGUCUACCAAAGAUUAUCCAGACGAGUUUUUUGCCAAAAUUAAAAGUCUCUUUGAGGACAUUCUGAUCCUGUUAAAAAAAGACUUGCGGAUGAUUCAAAUUGCGAUACGCUUGGCCGAGUUGGCAGAGUUUGUUUUGCAUUUAAUUGUCGAUACGCAUCGGAUUAUGCAAACAAACGCUGCAACGGGUUACCCUGUUUCGCCAAGAGCGAAGUUUUUGGACUUUUAUAAAUUUUUGGAACAAUCAAUAUUUUUGAAACUGUCUACCGCGGCUCCUAACUUACUGGAACAGCUUGUGCAUCAAGUCGUAUCACAAUUGGAAACGUGCUUUCUUAAUUGUAAGAGUGCAGAUUUCGAAACAAGGCUCCUUUAUAGUGAAUGUUUCUUUUCUUUUACAGAAAUUUUCUUUCCGUGUCUUCAUUCAUAUGAUCUACGUAUAUCGAAGAUUGCAAAUUCAGGCGUUCGAAAGCUCAGGAACCUAAUUCAGCAAGAAGAGAUACAUACUCAUGAGGCGAACAAUUCUGGUUCUAAUUUUGCAUCGUCUUAUGUUUUGUUAGCUGGGCUGAAAGAAUUAUUACCUCCUAAUGACCUUUUUGAUGAUACCUAA